AAGUCCUUGCACACACUUGGAGCAUGAGGCAGACAAACAACAACUAAGUUGAACUAGUCUUCUAUAUGGAUGUGAUGCAGGAUUUUUAGAUGGUGCACAUUUGAGGAGGUCUUUUCGCCAAUACGUCUUCCAGUGUAGUGGUAACCUUCGACUGAAACAGGGCCUUUACUGGGGAACAAGGCACACCUCAGCCCGCAGCCGUGACAGUAAACCUCUGUGCCACAACAGGACUGCAACAGUACCAGGAUACCUGAGCUGACCCAACGCUAGGCAACCACGACGCUUCCGGGGCAAAAAACCUGCGACUUGGCACGGGUUUGUUUCUCACUAUCGCAGCAGUGUGCCACUUUGAAAUUGUGGCGAGAAGUUCCCCCAGCACAAACUUUGGAAGUGUUUGAAAAAGCCACGGCACAAUGGAUAAGGAUGCUCUGAUGGACUACGAGUAUCCAGACUUUGACCCUGCGCCCAAGAAGAUUAACAUAGAAAUAAUUCCUCCAUGUGACUCCACUGCAGAUGACAAGCUAUACCACAUAUGCAUCAGUGCAGUAUCACUUGUCGUCAUGGUGAUCCUUGCAGUUUUAGCAAGACGCACAAAAUUGGGCAGCCAACAGAAAGGACUCGCAGGUUUACUCAGUCCGGUCAACUUCCUGGACCAUACCCAGCACAAGGGCCUGGCAGUGGCUGUGUUUGGAGUGCUCUUGUGCAAACUCUGCGGCAUGGUUGUAUCACCAAACCCUUUGCCCUUCACGACAGAGACUGAGAACAAACAGAACUGGAUGAUUCUGGGAACCUUCUUCUACCCCGCACUUUACUACCCUCUCUUGGCAUGUGGCACCCUGCAUAAUAAAGUCGGCUAUGUACUCGGAAGCCUCUUGUCAUGGACGCACUUUGGUGUCUUGGUUUGGCAGAAAAUCGAAUGCCCGAAAACACCGCAGAUGCAUAAAUACUACUUGCUGUUCUCUAGCCUGCCCCAGAUAGCUUGCUUGGCCUUCCUUAGUUUCCAGUAUCCUCUUCUCCUUUUCAAGGGCUUGAAAGGCGCUGAAAAGAACAAUGCCUCUGAGGAUCUGAACAGCAGCUACUACAAUGACUAUGUGAAGAAGCUGCUCAAGAGGAAGAAGCACUUCAAAAUCAGAAUAUCAAGCUCAGAGACACCCAAGCUGCCUCACAGGAUAAUGGAUGCUGUAAAAUCGUACAUUUAUAUGCCAGAGGAAGCUUUUAGGUUCCCUUUAAAGUUGGCCAUAUCUGGUGUGGUGUCGUUCAUCACACUUUAUCAGGUGGGCCUGCUGCUAAUCGUGGCCGUGGUGCCGACGCUCCAAAUCGCCCGCAUGGGAGUCGAUGAAGACAUUGCCAACGUUUUAGCCGGUUUCAGGAUCAUGCUCUCUCCUGAUAAACAAGAAGUGGUCCGAAUCGUAAUCUAUUACAUUUGGUGCGUCGAGGUAUGCUACAUCUCAGCGAUGACCCUGUCAACGCUCGUCAACUUGGCAAUGUUCAUGAGGUCUAUGGUCCUCCAUCGGGCCAACCUGAAGGGGCUGUACAGGGGAGAUAUCUAUAAUGUUUAUAACUGCCAGAGAAGUAUUCGGGCUUCCCGGCCAGCUCUGGUCUGCUGGAUGGGAUACACCAGCUUUACGGCCGCUCACAUCUGCAUCGGCAUGAUUGUUCAAACCAUGGUGUUCUUCCUCUGUCUUCUCAUUGCUGUCUUCCUCAUUAUCAUGCCCAUCCUAGACGGACAGAACUUGUUCCUGUUUCAGCUCCUGUGGAGCAUGUGGCCUUUCUGGCUGAUGAUUCUCCUGGCUGUGCUGAUUCAGCAUAUCACUUCCAGGUUUUGUUUUAUCAAAAGGGUGGCUGGCACGCGAGACCUUGACAACAGGGGCAACCUCUUCCUGCUGACCUACCUGCUGUUUCCAGUCAAUGUUCUCAUCGGGGUGCUGCUCGCAGUCUGGCGUAUGAUCAUCACAGCCUUGUUCAACAUCGUUCACAUGGGACGCAUGGAUAUCAGUCUUCUGAACAGAAAUGUGGAGGCAUUUGAUCCAGCCUACCGCUGUUACGCUCAUUAUCUGAAGAUUGAGGUGAGCCAGUCCCACCCUGUGAUGAAGGCUUUCUGCGGGAUGCUGCUGCUGUCUGCAGGCCAGAAGAACGACGUCGUGCAGAGGUCACGGGACGCCGAAGAGGGUAUCCAGCUGGUCCAGCAGGAGAAAAAGCAUCUGAAAGUGCCCAGUGCCGAGCGAGCCCGGGGCCACUGGCAGCUCCUCUACACGCUGGUCAACAACCCGUCCGUGGUGGGCACCAGGAAGCACUUCCAGCAGCGCGUGGCCACCGAGAGCUUUGUCAACGGGAGCCUGAAGGGCGGCAGCAAGAAGGAGGCCGAGGCGCCCGCCUGCAACUGAACAAUGGGGGCCUGUCUGAAUAAAUGAUACAGUCCUGUUGUGGUUUUUUCCCUGCUCCUUGUCUAGAUGCGCAGGUAGAGAUCAGUGCCUCUUGUCCUCCCAUUCUCUGCUUUGUUCUGUGCGUCAUGUUGUCCCGCGUGUGAGGGGGGCCUCACAGUCUCCAGUUAUAGGGGAGGAGCUGCUGUAGGCAC